AUGUUGCAGCAGAUCCUGCGCGACAUGUGGGUGGACCCCGAGAUCCUGGCCGAGCUGGACGAGACGCAGAAGCAGACGCUCUUCUGCAAGAUGAGGGAGGAACAGGUCCGUCGCUGGCAACUCUGGGACGAGAAGGUCGGCGAGGAAGAUGAGAGACCAAAAUUCCAGAAGAAUGGCAAGAAGCAGGUGCAGUUCCUUACGGGAGAGGACGGAGAGCCAUGGGUGUGGGUGAUGGGAGAGCACCCUGACGACAAGUCAAUAGAGACGAUCCUGGCUGAGGAGGCUCGAGAGAAGGCGAUUGCGCAAGCGCGGCAGGAGGUACAGCAACUAAGAAAGUCCGUCGAGAAGGAACUCACGCAACUCAUCGAAUACAAACCGCUCGAUGAUUUAGAACAGAAAUUCGAUCUAUCCCCGAAAACGAUAGACCCGUUAGAAGACACGUUGGAGAUAUACUGCACAGUGGACGAGCUGCGACAGAGGAUCGAGGCGCUGGAGCCUGAUGUCAAGCUGGAGCAGGACGAUCUGGACAAACCUGACUUCAAUGACGCCUUGAAACUCGGUCUCAAUAAGAACACGCUUCACUUUAAUUUUAUCGAGGGCAAGAGAGAUGUACUGCAGGACAUGGGUGUGGGAGCUGGUGGCGAUGGUGUCAGUGUGCUCGUGGCAGCCUGGGAGAGGCGUGUAGCGGCUGCCAGGGCCGGAGACAUACUGCGGGGAAUCAGGGCCAAGCGAGCCCGGGCCAUGAGGCUGGCACACCAUGCCGCCCAGACACAUGAUGCAGCUUGGCGCGACCAGGAGCGUAAAGCAAAGGAAGCAGAAGCAAGUAUGCGAGAAAUAGCGCGCGCAGCCAGAGAGGCGCACCGGCGGAGUGCACACAUUGAAGCACCGCCAGACACAACACAAGCGGGCAAACCACCCAACAGGGAAGCAGUACUGGAGUGGUUCCAGACACACGAACUGAAGAGAGGUGUUGGAUUUGACGAGAACAAUGAACCAGUUGAUUGGUUCCACGGUCUGAUCAGCCGGUCGGAGGCAGAAGCAGCUCUAUCAGGUUGUCCAGCAGGGAGCUUCCUAGUGCGUGUGUCGGAGCGAGUGUGGGGCUACGCGGUGACAUACCGCGACACUGCGCGCUGCAAGCACUACCUCGUCGAGGCGGCGCGCGCGUACAGGCUGCUGCCUACUGGACAAGUCGCGCAUGAUACGCUUGCUGAUCUCAUAAACUACCACAAGACGGUUCCGAUCACUGAGAGCGGUGGCGAGCUCCUGAUCACCGCGUGUCCGCCGCAACAGACGCCCGACAUAUUGACCGCCCCGCCAUCUUGA